CAACUGCUGAAGUCAAUAUUUAACGUUGCUUUUUUAUGCUUAAUAAAAAGGAGUUGCAGAGGUUAUUACAUUUCAUAAAGGAGGAUCGGAUUAGUAUACCUCACAGGGCAUCGGUGUAUUCGCAGGUUCCUCUAGUCAUGUUCAGCUUUGAGCCAAUCACUCUGUUUAUGGCAAUUGUCAUUUGCCUAUUGAUAUACCUUGUAUAUGGUGGGAAAGGAACCCCUCCCAACUUCCCCCCUGGACCAAAGCCAUUACCCCUUAUCGGAAAUCUACAUAUAAUGAACCUGAAGAAACCUUAUAUGACGCUCAUGGAGCUUGGGAAGAAGUACGGAUCGGUAUUCAGUGUUCAGCUCGGGACAGAGAAGGUGGUUGUUCUGUGCGGGUAUGACGCAGUGAAAGACGCUCUGAUUAACCACGCCGAGGAGUUUUCCGACCGGCCCAUCAUAGAAGCGUUUCAUAGAAGAUCAAAUGGACAUGGUAUUACAUUUUCUCACGGUGAAAACUGGAAAGUGAUGAGAAGAUUUACUCUUGCGACACUGAGAGACUUUGGCAUGGGGAAGAGAACUAUAGAGGAUAAAAUUAAUGAGGAAUGUAUUUCACUGGUGGAAACAUUUCAAUCCUACAAAGGAGAGCCAUUUGAGAACAGUUUAAUACUAAACGCCGCAGUAGCCAACAUCAUCGUAUCUAUUCUGCUCGGCCAUCGCUUUGAAUAUCAGGAUCCAACCCUUCUGAAGCUCAUUCGCUUAAUAAAUGAAAUUGCCAGGAUUUUGGGGACUCCUAUAGUUAUGCUAUACAAUGCAUAUCCAUCUGUGAUGAGAUGGUUACCUGGGAGUCACCAUAAUGUUGAAAAGAACACUCAGAAAUCUCAUACGUUCAUUAAAGAAACAUUUGCUGAACACAAGGCUCAACUGGACAUAAAUGACCAAAGGGAUUUUAUCGACGCCUUCCUUAUCAAGCAAAGCGAGGAAAAGUCAGCUACUGGACGUUUUUUUCACAAUGAGAACCUAGUAUCACUUGUAGACAGUUUAUUUUCUGCAGGGAUGGAAACCACCUCCACCACCCUCCGAUGGAGCCUCAUGUUAAUGAUGAAAUAUCCAGAAAUUCAAAAGAAGGUACAAGAGGAAAUUGACAAAGUGAUUGGAUCAGCUCAGCCUCAAAUGGAGCACCGGAAACAAAUGCCCUAUACUGAUGCCGUUAUCCAUGAGAUUCAGAGAUUUGCAGACAUUGUGCCCACUAACCUUCCACAUUCAACAACUAAGGAUGUCACUUUCAGGGGAUAUUUAAUUCCAAAGGGAACCCAAGUGAUCCCAUUGCUGACGUCGGUUCUACGAGAUAAGGCUUACUUUGAAAGACCAUAUGAAUUUUACCCUCAACAUUUCCUUGACUCAGAGGGAAACUUUGUAAAGAACGAGGCCUUCAUCCCCUUCUCAGCAGGUAAAAGAAGUUGUGCCGGAGAGACGUUGGCCAAGAUGGAACUGUUCUUGUUCUUCACAAAACUUCUCCAGAACUUCACUUUCCAAUCACCUCCUGGACAGGACCUUCAUUUAACCCCUCUAGUUGGGUUUACGUCAGCUCCUAUGGUUCAUAAGAUCUGUGCCUUGUCUCGCACCUUGGACUAAGACUAUAAAUAUUGGGGGUAAAAUGUUUUAUAUCAUAAUGUGUAAAAAGGGUUUUACUUUACUGUGGAACUGUGUCCUGGAAGAGACUGAGCCAGUAGUGGCUAAAACCACACGGGUUUCCCAUAGCAGGGUUAUAAUACUUGCAUCCUACAGUUAUUGUGUUAUUUCAACUGUUAUAUAAAGUUUAUAUUUGCUGCAAA